AUGGUUAAUUUUAUUCAAAUGGCUACACCAGAAAAACUUUAUGAAGCAAAUAAAAAAUUAGGAUAUAAACAGGAUGUGGUUGAUUUGAAUGAAAUAAAAAACUGGGAAGGAAAGGAAUGUGAAAAUAAUGUAAAUAAAGAAGAUCGGAAAAUAAUCUCUACAAUGAAAACAGUAAAAAAAUUUAAAAUUAAAACAAAUAAUUUUUAA